CAAAACAAUGGCCGACCUGACUGCCUGUGUUUCACAGCCUAUAGUCGUUUUAAAUGUUUCACAGAAAGCUCGUGUCACCUCUGUGUAAGAGGCGCGUUGUAGCGAUGGAAAUGUGAUUAGGUGAGUGUAUUUUGUGGGGAAGAAACCAGCCGCUAAGGCAGCUUUAGCUCUCCAAAAUGAGCGAUGUUGUGGAGAAGACGCUGACAGCUCUGCCGAGCCUCCUGUCUUUGGACUCUCAGCCCGGCUCCGCAAAACUCUCCUCCACCUCGAAACUGGGAAACCUCAUCAGAGGAAUCACUGAGCUGACCUCUAAACAUGAGGAAGAAAAACUCAUCCAGCGUGAACUUGUAGCUAUCAAAGAACAAGUUUCCUCCCCAAACACCACCAUGAGGCAGAUGAAGGAGCUCAUGGUGAGAGCCAUCUACUGUGAAAUGUUGGGCUACGAGGCUUCAUUCAGCUAUAUUCAUGCCAUUAAACUGGCUCAACAAGGCACUGUUUUGGAGAAGAGAGUCGGUUACCUCGCUGUUUCCUUGUUCCUGAAUGAAAGUCAUGAGCUGUUGCUUCUCCUGGUGAACACCGUGUUAAAGGAUCUUCAGAGUACGAAUCUGAUCGAAGUGUGCAUGGCGCUAACUGUUGUCAGCCAAAUCUUCCCCAAAGACAUGAUACCUGCAAUCCUCCCUCUGGUGGAGGAAAAGCUUAAUCACCCAAAGGAAAUAAUUAGAAGAAAAGCUGUACUGGCGCUUUAUAAAUUUUACCUAAUUGCACCAAAUCAAGUUCAGCACAUCCACAACAAGUUUCGCAAAGCUCUGUGUGACAAAGAUCCCGGCGUGAUGACGGCGUCGCUGCACAUCUACCUGCAGAUGAUCCAAGAGAAUCCAGAAGGUUACAAGGACCUGACGCCAAGUUUUGUGACCAUCUUGAAGCAGGUGGUGGGAGGAAAGCUGCCCAUGGAUUUUAAUUAUCACAGCGUUCCUGCUCCGUGGCUUCAGAUCCAGCUGCUCAGGAUACUUUCCCUACUUGGGAAAAAUGACCAGAGUACAAGUGAGAUCAUGUAUGAAGUCCUGGACGAGUCUCUGCGGAGAGCAGAGAUGAACCAUAACAUCACCUAUGCGAUUUUAUACGAGUGUGUAAAAUGCAUUUACACAAUUUAUCCAAAAUCUGACCUUUUGGAAAAAGCUGCCAAGUGCAUCGGCAACUUUGUCCUUUCACCCAAGAUCAAUCUAAAAUACCUAGGCCUGAGGGCUCUCACCUACGUGGUCCAGCAGGAUCCCAAACUGGCCCUGCAGCAUCAGAUGACCAUCAUAGAGUGUCUGGAUCACCCUGACCUCAUUAUCAAACGGGAGACUCUGGAGCUGCUCUUUCGGAUCACUAACGGCCAGAAUGUGACCGUCAUUGUCGAGAAGAUGCUGGACUUUCUGCGCAUCAGUAAAGACGACCACACCACCAUUGACCUGGUGGGGAAGGUGGCGGAGCUGGCAGAGAAAUAUUCACCAAACAACGAGUGGUUCAUUGAGACGAUGAACACAGUGUUUUCUCUUGGAGGAGACACGAUGCAAGCGGACAUCACAAACAAUUUCCUUAAACUGCUGUCUGAGGGUUUUGACAGUGUGGAGGAGGACAGGAAGUUGAGGCUGUUCGCCGUGGAUUCGUAUGUUUCUCUGCUGCGAGGAGAGCCAGGCAAACUGCCACAGCGCUUCCUCCAAGUCAUCAGCUGGGUCCUCGGGGAAUACUCUCAUUUGAAGGAGGACCUUGAAGCAGCCACAGUCCUGGGCCUGCUGGCCGGCCUGCUGGACAUGAGGAGCAGCAGCAGUGAGACUAAGAGCUGGGUCCUCAUGGCCAUGACCAAGCUGUGCGAGGGCGGCGCCGACGUCUCCGCGGCUCAGGAGGUCUGCGAGGCCUACGGCGGCUCAAUGGACACGGUGCUGAGGCAGAGGGCGCAGGAGCUGCAGCACCUCAGCCAGGACUCCGAGCUGCGAGCCAAGGUGCUGCCCCGGGGGGCCAGCCUGGAGCUCGUGGAGGUUGAUUCCUCGCUGUCAUUUCUGGAUGGGUUUGUGUCGGAGGCGUUGGCCGCUGGCGCGGCUCCAUACAAGCCUCCCCAUCAAAGGCAGGAGGAGCUGGCUCGAGCGAAAGCCCCGAGCCUGGAGCCCUACGGCCUGUCCCUGCCCAUCAGCAUGUCCUCCUGCAGCAUCGCCGACAGACAGUCCCCCACGCUGCUGUCCGUGAGCUCCGGCGUGUCGGGCGACAGCGCCGACCUCUCACACAAAGGAGGCUCCACCGCUUUGAAGCUGGAGGGGGUGAAGCGGGUGUGGGGCAGGGACGGCUAUCUGGCCCAGAAGGAGGCGGCAGAGGAAGCGGCUCAGGUCGAGGUCCCCAGCCCCCUCCGGUCCCCCGGCCGGCAGGGCCAAGGCGACGGCUCGCACAGUCAGACGCCGACCCCGACGCCGACCCCCGAGAGUGAGCAGGAGAAGCAGCAGCUGGCCUCCUCGCUGUUUGUGGGGCUGGCGUCCCAAAGCUCUGUGUGCCUGAUGGGCAAAUCCGACGCAACGUCGCAGCGGUUCAGAAGAAAAGAUAAAGGUCGGAGCACACCCUCCAGCAACUGUGAGCAGGAGUCGGACUCCCCGGCCUCUCCUCCCAGCACCGUGGAUCACUUGCUCUGCGACAGCCUCCUGGACGCCGACGUCAACUCAAAAUCAAUGGUCUCUUCACCCGAGGAGACGCCUCCGCUCCCUCAGGGCCGCGCUGCCAACGCCAACGGCACCUGUGAUCCAGAGGCCGACCUAACAGAUAUUGACAUAAAGGGAACUCCCCCGGAUCUUACCGGGGAGAGUCUCGCUGCAGCUGCUGAUCCUGCUUCGCCCGAAGAGCCAGACAGACCUAAAGACCGGCGCCUUGCUUCUCAUCUUCCUGCUGAACUUUCUGGACUCCCUCACUCGGAGAUCACUGUUCUGUGCAGCAACCAAAGUGUGGAUCUCUCAGCCUGUCAUGUGCAGAAAGAGGAUUCCUUGGAGUUUGUUGUUUUUAUCACCAAUUCCUCCGACUCUGCCAUUAAACAGACUCUAAUGAGAGUCGACUCCGAGCACCUCGAGGUAUCUGAGGUGUGUGACAGUCCUGUGGAGGAGGUGGGAGGCCACAGUGUGGCCGUGUUUCAGUAUUCCCUGACAGUGAAGCGUCCUGAAGUUCAUGUUGAACUGUCGGGGUCGUUCUCCUACCGCUGUCCUGCUGGGACGCCUCAGGAGCUGCGCCUCUCACACAGACUCCCUCUGACCAGCUUCAUCAGGCCCUUGGCGGUGUCCACGGAGGAGUAUGGGACGAUGUGGCUGGCCUUCGCCAACGACACAAAGCAGAAUCUGACGCUGAUCCAGAGAGACGGCGAAGAAGCUCUGGCGGCCACUCUGAAUGUCCUGAAGGAGAAACUGCAGCUCCAUGUGGUGGAAAUUAUAGGGAUGGAGGGUAUUGUCGCUUGCCGCCUCCUGCGGGAUCAGCCAUGCCUGAUGCACUGCCGCGUGCACGCCGGCGCCCUGGCCGUCUGGCUGCGCUCUCCCGUCCCCGAGCUGCCCGACUGCCUGAUGUACCACUGCCAGAGAGCGCUACACUGACGCCGUGGCCGCGCUGCUCAGAGCAGACGGCGCUCGUCUGACGCAGUAAGGCCACGUCCCUGGACGACAGAGAGUGUUCACUGCUACGCUGUCUUCCUCCACUGUUAUUUAUUUGUCUCUGGUUUUAUCGUGUCUUCAGUUGUAUUCAGAGCUCUAGAUGGCAGAUUUCAUUACUCAUUCACAUAACAGGUGAUCAGCUCAGGGCCGGAAGAGUUAAGUUGUUUUUAUGUUGUUUUAAAGAAACUUUAUUGUCUUAAGAUUACGACAGGGCUUCUUAAUGACUGCUGCAUUGUUUCUGAUGGUUUCCUACUUUGCUUGAUUUUAACUGAUGUUCAGAAACACAUGAAUUACCUUCUCCAGGAUGCUUUUUGUUCGACUCUUGCCGCUUGAGCCGAAAUCAAUCAUUACAGAGAAACUUAUGUGGCGUUAAAUGCUGAGACGGGCAAUAAAUAAGAGUACUGUUUUUGAGAGUAUAUCAGAGCACUUUCACCUCGUAGUGAGAAGUUUCCAGGUUGGGGGUCUUUCUGAGGGACAUUUACAUGAUUUCCUUGUACCUGAUUGGGUAUCCUGCCUUCAGCUGUAGUCAACAGGCCGACAGUUGGAGAAAACUGUCGGUGCAGCAGCUGGAUGGACGGACAGAUAUCGGCAAACAUAGUUAAACAUAAUUAAAUAUGUGGAGAAAAUGGACAUUUGAAGACCUCAAGGCUUUCCACUUCACUUUGGUGUGUUUGGAUUUACAUUUGACAUUUUAAGUUAAAUUCCCUCAAUGAUUGUUUAAAGAAAUAUUUCUGUCAGUCAGACCUUUUUGGCCUCAGUUAGCGUUUUGAUUCACAGAUGCUGUUAUUCUUAUUGAUCCUCGUGCUUGUGGAACAAAAACAAGUGAAUUAGUUCAGCAGGAAUGUUAACAACACUACAUGCAGCCUUUGAUAGAUUAUUCAGAGCGGCGUACUUUGUUGUCUUAAUUCAAGCUAGAAAAUGCUCAACCUGUCCUGGAAAUAAACAAAUAGAAAAGCUCCAAGCUGCUGAGGUUUCAGCUCGGCAAAAUCAGGUUUACAUUCUUCUACGACUAAAAUCCUCCGUCAUGCUGUCAUUAAUGUCUCCUCGUUUUGUUUUUUUAUGUCCACCGUGGGAGUAUUUAGUCUUAAAUACUGCAGUAAUCUUGUCACCAUUUGUCAGGUUGAUGGAGAUUUCCAGAUGUUGCCUUCUGUGUGAGAUGAUUAUCUAUGCACUGAUGCUUCUGGUUUGGCUUCGGGCGGAUGUUGGCGCUCUCUGAUCAUUCUAUUUUUGUAUCAAUGCAGUAUUAAAAACAUAUUUAUUGACUUUA